CGUGACCAUGGAACGCAGGUGGUGGGCAAUGUUGGUGCUGUCCACUUUCCCCAUUCUGGGAAUGGGAGGGGAGGUGCCAGAGGGUGCCUCAGAACACUGGACCCAAUUCUGGUUCGUCAGAUUCCUAGUGAAUGCUGCUGGCUAUGCUAGCCUCAUGGUGCCUGGCUACUUCCUGGUCCAGUACUUCAGGCGCAGAAACUAUCUAGAGACAGGCCGGGGCCUUUGCUUCCCUGUUAUUCGGGACUGUGUUUUUGGCAAUGAGCUCAAGCCUUCAGAUGAGCCCCCAACCCCAAGACAGGACCUGACAGAAACCACUCGAACUCGGCAGUUCCUCAAGCUUCUUUUCUGUGCUGGGGGUCUUCAGGCGUCAUACCUGACUUGGGGUGUACUUCAGGAGAGAGUCAUGACACGAAACUAUGGCGCUACAGAUAAAAUGCCUGGAGAACGAUUCACCGACUCCCAGUUCCUGGUGCUGAUGAACCGAGUGCUGGCAUUGAUGGUAGCUGGCCUAUGUUGUAUGCUCUGCAAACAACCCAGGCAUGGGGCACCCAUGUACCGAUAUUCUUUUGCAAGCCUCUCCAACAUCCUUAGCAGCUGGUGCCAGUAUGAGGCCCUCAAGUUUGUCAGCUUCCCCACACAGGUGCUGGCAAAGGCCUCCAAGGUGAUCCCUGUAAUGCUAAUGGGCAAACUAGUAUCCCAUCGCAGUUAUGAGCACUGGGAAUACUUGACUGCUGGCCUAAUUUCUGUUGGGGUAAGCAUGUUCCUGCUGUCCAAUGGGCACGAGCACUAUACUUCCCCAGCCACCACACUCUCAGGCCUCAUCCUGCUUGCUGGCUACAUCAUUUUUGACAGCUUUACCUCCAAUUGGCAAGAUGCUCUUUUUGCUUACAAGAUGUCCUCAGUGCAGAUGAUGUUUGGGGUCAACCUCUUUUCUUGCCUCUUCACAAUAGGCUCACUGAUACAGCAAGGAGCUCUGUUGGAGGCAAUGAGGUUCAUGGGGCGACACACAGAGUUUGCUGCCCAUGCCCUGUUACUAUCCAUCUGUUCAGCCUUUGGCCAACUCUUCAUUUUCUACACCAUUGGGCAGUUUGGUGCUGCCACUUUCACUAUUAUCAUGACCCUCCGCCAGGCCUUUGCCAUUUUUCUCUCGUGUCUCAUUUAUGACCACACAGUCACUGUAGUAGGGGGUCUAGGCAUGGCUGUUGUCUUUGCUGCCCUCUUCCUUCGUGUGUAUGCCAAAGGGCGCCUGAAGCAGCGGGGAAAGAAGGUACCUCCAAAUGAGGCUCCAAUACAAAAGGUCUGAGACUUAAGAAAAAUGCAGUGUUUAGGAAGAAGUAGCCACCUAUUUUUUUGAUCUUUCUUCCUUUUAUGGCUGGAGAACAAGCAGUGUUUUUCUAGUCACACCAGCUCCUGCAAAUGUUGGGGCCUGGGGGCAACCUCCACCUUUGCCUUAAGAAUCAUGAGUCCUGAUUUCAAGGUACUGGUUUUCUUAUGAACCCAGCCCUCUCCCAGUUCAGUAUUCAGUUUAUUAAACUGCUAGUGCCCCCUGCUGACCGGUUUCUACUGUUGUACACCCUCCAAUUCCAACUCGCGGCUCUCCUCUCCUCCCCCCCUCCAGUGCCAGACCAGCCCAACCUUAUCUACCUAGCUCUGGCUUGAUCUGAUUAUUCCUCCCCUGGUGAGAAAAGCACAAGGGUUCUAGGUUGCUGCUGGUCCCUCCAGUAUGAGGGGAAGGUUGAAUAUAGCCUCCCCAAAACAGUUUAUAGGUUCUUCCUCCCACUGGACUGAGCCCCAAGUUUUGGUACUAUAAAAUGUAAUUUUUUCUCAAAUUAAAAAAAUGCUGCAAGGG